CCUGCUGGCUGAUAGGGAACUGCAUCCCCCAGGAUUCAGUGCGGCAUCAUUGCUUUUCUACGGUUAGCGCGGUGCUUUUUUUAAAGCUGGUAUGGUGAGAUGUAGAACGUAGCAAUAAUAUUAACGUCUUAGCUGAGCGAUAUGAAGUGUGAUGAUUCUUCAAGUCCGCUAUCAGAAUCUGAACUGGACCCAGAUCCUCUGCAUUAUCCACCACCUCCUCCUCUGCAAUUGCCACAUCUGGAGAAACCGCUGCGCCAGGCCUUCUACAAUACUGGAGCUCUAGUGCUGGUGGGACUAUGCUGUGGGGUGGGAGUACUCAUUUAUUUUAUCCUCGAGGCGUUUUUGCGUCCUCUACUGUGGGCUGUCCUAUGCGGCACCUUUUUGCACCCGUUCAAAAGUUCCCUCACGGCAUUUGGCCGUCGCUGGCUGCGUCGCCUCCGCCAUUCUAACACACCAGUAUUUUUGGCUACUUUCUUAUUGCCACUGUCUUUUGCUAAUGCGGCCGCCGAAACAUUGGGUAAUGAGAUCAUGCGGCGCCGUCGGCUUCUUCUCCUUUUGAGUGCAGGAAGUCCCGUUUUGUAUGGACUAUACUGCGUCGGUACUUCCGUUGGAGUCCAGGUCGCUCUUGAGUAUUCCGCCAGCAUCAUUUGCCGAGGAUUAGAUUAUUUCAGUAGCCAUUGGAUAUGGACCUUGAUAGCAGGCUAUCUGUUGACUGUGUUAUUCAGAUGGAACCAAAGCACGGAGCGUUACUUGAAAGCAGUCUCAGUUCCUCUCUGGAUUGUUCUGCUACUUCAUUUGGCUUCUGCAGCAGGAUCUUGGAGAAUUCCAAUUGUUGUGCUUAUAAUUGUCUUAAUGACUAUAGGUUUGCUUCAUGAGCAAUCAAAUGGAAAAGAGCCUCCAGAGGCACAACUUGUUGGUCAAGUAAUUUCCAUUGCAGCAUCUGCAGUUACCAUGGUAAUUUCAGUUACGUGUUAUGAAUCAAGUAAUGAGGAUCAUCCAUUACAAACCUCAGAAAUUAUAGAAAGUGAUGGUUCCAUAUCAGCAUCAUCCAAUGAGAAGAGCGGACAGAGACCUGAGAUUGCAACAUUUUCUAAAAAGAAGAAAGCCAGUGACAUCUACUUUGUUCUGCUCAUAUGGAGCAUUGUAAUAGUCCAGAUUUGGUUUAAUUUCUGGAUAAUUCAAUUGCUGCCCUUACCUUUUGCAGUAUGGGUUUUAAAAAAACUGUUGGUCCACUUUGGAAUAGUGCAAUUCUCAUUGAUUUACUACAGUACCUACUGGCAUAGUCUGGAAGAUUUUGUGAAACAACGUCAAGAAGUUCUUGUACCACAACCAGUUAAGGGGCUUGGAAGAAUUAUUCUCAAAUUAGACAGCAAGAUGAAUGUGUGGUUGGAAAAAAUCCUAGAUAAAAUAAUUAGCAUAUUCAUUAUAUUUGUGCUAGUGAUAUGCACCCUGCUGCUUGCACUGCUCCUCACAGCAAAGGUUCAUCAGGAAAGUGUACAUAUGAUUGAAGUAACAAGCAGGUUGAUUAAUGAAACAGUAGCCAAUCACCCAGAAUGGGCCAAUUGGCUUCCCGAAGCUCAAGUCAUUCAGAAGGCUUUGAAUUCAGCUGCUACUAAUGUUUAUCAGUAUGGACGAGAAUGGAUAACACAUAAGCUUGAUAAAAUAUUAGGAGAAAAAGUAAAUAGUACUGCUAUGAUUGAAAAGCAAGUUCUGGAGCUUUGGGACAGACUAUAUCAUUCUUGGUGUGCAAAAAAUACAACUCAUUCUGGACAACAAAAAAGUCACAAAAAGCUUUUAAAUCGUGAGCAUAGUUGGACAAGUGAUAUGCUUGAUUGGCAGGAUGUUGCUUCUUUUAUUCAUGAGAAUAUUGAAACAUUUCUUUCGAUCUUAGAAUCCCUUUGGAUAGUGAUGAGUCAUAAUGUUAGCCUUCUUUUUACCACAGUUACAACUUUGCUAACAGUCCUCUUCCACAGUAGCACUGCAGUUCUUAAUUUUGUUCUUUCACUGGUGAUUUUCCUGACUACAUUAUUCUAUCUUUUAAGUUCCAGUGAUGAAUACUAUAAGCCAGUGAAGUGGGUGAUCAAUUUAAUCCCUUUGUUGCAGUCUGAUGCAUCUUCAAACAUAGUCAGCGAAUCUGUGGAGGAAGCCAUAAGAGGGGUAUUUGAUGCAUCUCUCAAAAUGGCUGGAUUCUAUGGUCUAUAUACUUGGCUGACUCAUACCAUCUUUGGAAUAAACAUUGUCUUCAUACCCUCAGCUCUGGCUGCUAUACUUGGAGUAGUUCCAUUUUUGGGAACAUAUUGGGCAACCACACCUGCAGUUCUAGAUCUUUGGCUUGUUCAAGGAAAAGGAUAUAAAGCUAUGCUUCUCUUCAUUUGUCAUCUAUUGCCAACUUACUUUGUAGAUACAGCAAUCUAUUUGGAUAUAUCUGGAGGAGGUCAUCCUUAUCUGACAGGUCUUGCAAUAGCUGGUGGAACAUAUUACCUAGGACUGGAAGGAGCCAUCAUAGGACCUAUACUCCUUUGCAUUUUUAUUGGUGCCUCUAAUAUCUACAGGGCUGUGCUUGUGAGUCCGACAAAUUAAUUACAGAUGCAUCAGCCUUUGAAGAUUUACUGUGUUAUAACUUAUGUGGAGAAUUGUGAUUACUUCCCUGGACGAUUCCCCAGAUACCUCUCAAGAUGUCAGAUUGGGGGAGGAUGAAACCAGUUCUUGGCACAUCAGGAGCUGAGUUGAUUGAUGGCUCCGAGCAGCUGUCUAUGUAGGAUUUGGCUGAGGCUUCAGGCAGGGAAAGCAUGCAACUGCAGCCAGUCAGUGAGGAAGAAGAGGAACUGCCUUCUGCACCUGAUCCAAGAACAUGUAGGACAGAGAAAGACCAGUAUCUUCAGCCAAUUGGAACACAGAAAUGUUUUGGAAUAAUAGGCACUUAGGGUGCCUGGCCUUGGAAUAAGAUGCAAAUUGGUACCAAGCUUCUCUGGUCUUCAUCAUCUAUCAUUCUUCCCUCCCUAUUUCCAAUUACAUAUAGACACAGCUUUAUUGCCCAUCUAUCCUACCCCUCCCCUUUCUAACCUUUGAUGGCAGGAUGCUUGUGAAGUGCCAAGCCACACCUAGCAGACUUGACAUUCUGCCCCCCUUGAUAGAGUAUCCUGCAAAGGAAAAAGAAGAGGGGAGGGAGAGAUACACAGAAUGUAUCCAAUUAGCAUACAAUUUAGAUUUACCUGGGUAUGGUUCAUGGAAUUUUUAAAGCCAUCUGGAGGCCUUAAUGUGUUAGAAAUUGACCCAUUCUGUCUCUGAAGGAGGAAAGUCUUUCCAUGCUACUAAGUACUAGAUUUCCCCCCAAUGUGUAUGAGAGUCCAAAAUGUCUCUAAAUUACCAAGACUGUUUUCAAGAUGAUGGACAAUUUAGUACUAAUAGACUCAUGGAGAAUAAAAAUGGCUCUGAUAGAGAGUAUACUUUUUUUUUCUCAGAAAGACACAAAUCUUUUUCAAGGAUUAAUAUGAUAUGGAUUUUUUAAAAACUUGCAAAUAUAAUUUUAAAAGUUGAUAUUCUACCUAAAUCUUUUUCUGACAUAAUCGAGUGCUUUUAGUACUUAAAGGAAGGAGUUUGCACUUUAGAUGGAGACUAAAUAAAUCUAUUCUGCAAAAGGAAAUGAUUGUAAAAAGAAAUUAUUUGAGCAUUUUGAUAAUAAUUUAGAUCAUGAGUGUCAAACUUGCAAUAUCAUGUGACAUGUCGUGACGUAUUGCGACUUUUUCCCCAUUGCAGGCAAUGAGGUGGCAUAGUUUUGGUGUGAUGCAUCUGGCCUAUGGGCCAGCAGUUUGAUAUCCCUGCUUUAGAUAAAGGGACAAGUUUAAUGACUGUGUUGGACGGUAGUAAAGCUGUUAUUUUAUAUAGUAUAAUCAAUUAUAGAAGAAAAAACUUCAGGAAAAGAUGCAAAAGAUUCAGACAGAAAGAAAUCGAACUGCAAAAGACAUGGACUCUAAAAUUUUACAUUAAAUUAAACUGCUACGGCAACAACUGUCCAUGUUAACAAUACAAGAAAUAGAAACAAAAUUGAAGUAUGUGAAAAAAAGACACUUUGAGUUUGCAAAUAAACCAGGAAGAUGGUUGAGAUAUAAAAGAAGAAAGGAAAGGGAAAAGCGAAUGAUUAAGAAAACCUGUGAAGGUAGCAAUGUAAAAAUGGACAAUGAACUUAUUAAAAAGUCGUUUCAACUUUUAUUCCAAUUUGUAUAAAAAACGAGUUAGACAUGUCUAGAAUAGAUGGAUAUCUUUUAAGACAACAGUUGCCUAAAUUAUCACAAACCCAGAGACAACUUAUGAAUGACCCAAUAACUACUUUUGAGAUAUCAGAAGAUAUUUAAAAAAUGAGAUCAGGUAAAGCUCCAGACACAGAUGGGCUUAAAAGCCAAUGUUAUAAGUAUUUUGAGGAUGAACUUCUUCAGCCACUAAAGGAUAUAAUGAAUGAAACAUUACCGGGGGGGGGGGGCGAAAUACCCCAAACGUGGAAGGAAACAAAUAUUGUGUUGUUACCAAAGGAGGGCCAAGAUGCCGCAAAGACAAAGAAUUACAGAUUAAUUUUAUUAUUAAAUAAAGACUAUAAACUCUUUGCUGAAGUUUUGACACAAAGACUAAAGAAAAUAUUACAAGAAUAUAUAUAUAUAUGAAUACCAUAUAUAUAUUUGGCUUUCUGCCAAAAAGACAGCUAAGGGAUAAUGUUAGGAUUGUUUGGAACAUAAUUGAAUACUUACAUAUCAUAAUGAGAAACAGGCCGCUCUAAUAGUCUUAGAUGCAGAGAAGGCCUUUGACAAUCUAAAUUGGGUUUUUAUGUUUAAAGUGUUGGAAAAAAUGGAUUUUGGAGAGAAUUUUAUUCCAGGAGUUAAAGCUGUUUACACAUCACAGCAAGCAAAAAUUGUCAUUAAUGAUGACUUAACUAACUCAUGUGAAAUUCAAAAGGGCAUGAGACAAGGAUGUCCCUUGUCUCCUCUGCUGUUUAUCUUGGUAUUGGAAAUUUUGAAUAGAGAUAUUGGGCAAGAUAAGAAAAUAAUGGGUAUAAACUUCAAGAAAGAAGCUUAUAAAUUGAGGGCAUUUGCUGAUGAUCUGGUUAUAUUCCUGCAAGAUCCAAAAAAUAAUAUAGAUGAGGAAGUUAAAUGAGUUUUGGGCUAUGUUAUGCUGACUAAGAAUAUGUCAUUUUAGGAUAAUGAUACAUUGAUUAAAAAGUCAGGUUUUCAGGCUGAGAAAAAUUUUGGGGGAUUAUGUUGACAAAAACAAAUAGAAAAUUGUUUCAAAACAGCUACUGUAUGUGACUCUUUGGAAUUAUAUCAAAAAGGACUUACAAAGAUGGGACAAACUGCAUUUAUCACUAUUGGGUAGAAUCUCAGUAAUUAAAAUAAAUGUUUUACCAAAGAUGCUUUUUCUGUUCCAGACAUUAUCAAUACUUGCAACUGAUACUCUAGUUAAACAAUGGCAAAGGGAUAUUUCCAUGUUCAUAUGGCAAGGGGCAUAAAAACCAAGAAUUAGAUAUAAGCUAUUUUGCAAGAUGCUAAGGAAAGAGAGGGUUUGGGUUUACCAGAUUUGAAAUCUGCUUGAUUUAGAGGGUCAUGAAUUAAGGUUUGGAUGGGACGUUUAUUUGUGGUAUGAUAAAUUAAAGUUAAUAUUAAUUUUAACAAUCACUUUGUUAGAUGUGCCAUACUAAGAAUGUGGAAUAAAUAUAAAACAAGGUUUUCCAUAAAGUUGCCUCUUUGGGUGUCCCCCCAGGAAGCCUUUUUUAGAAAAGAAAUUGUGAUGAAGCUGGACUGAUGGACUUGUGAUAAAACAAUACUUUUCAACUCUGGUGACCCUAUCAUCAAGUCGAAGGAAGAGUUAGAAUCAAAGGGCUAAAUCUGUUAUUGAUUUACAUAAGAUUUCCAUUUAAUUUUAACAAAGUCAAACCCAUAACUGAAAGAAAGAUUCAAACUAGAUAAAAAGAGUUAUGGGUUUGACUUUGUUAAAAUUAAAUGGAAAUCUUAUUGUGUGAUAGUGAUGAACAUAUUAUCAUUAAGAUUUAUAAAAUAUUGAAACUGAAUUUGGAAAGUGAAUAUGUAAAACAUUGUAUGAUUCAGUGGGCA